GAGGUGCAGAUUCGCCACCCUGCCCCACACCUUCUCAAGCAGGAACCUUCAGACUGGACCUUGAAUAUGUUUUCCUUCUGUACCCCAACCCCUCCAGGUCCUUCUGAUAGGACCUAAAGUUUGCGAUCCACCAAAGCACACUUUUCCAGCAGAUUCACAGUUAAACUCUUAAGGCUCAUCCUCAGGGUCCAAGUACAGGCCUUCCUCCAAGAGGCGAAGGUGCUCUGCACUAAGGCAGCACUUGUAAUUCAGCCUAUGAAUAGAUGUGUAAAUUUAAGGGUUCAUGAGGUAUCCCACAGGGAUGGUCUCCUCUGCGCAGGGUGCAGCAGGCUCCGCCUCCUUACCCAGCUGCAGAGCAGGUCUCCUUAGGGCCCUGGGGUCUAGCAACUGAUUCCAGACUACAAGUCCCGGCAAGCCGCGCGAGCACCGCCGGCCGCCCCAGAGUUCCCCGCGCUGCCGGCCGGCUGGAACCGUACGGGGUGUGUGAGCCGCUGGCCCGGAAGGCGAUGGCCGUGGCUACCACUGCGGCGCUCCUGGCUGCCCUGGGCGGGUCGCUCUGGCUGCUCGUCCGACGGUUCGUGGGGCGCGAAGUGCUGCGGCUACACGGAGGCGGGGACGCCGACCUCAUGCGCGGGAAGACGGUGUUGAUCACCGGCGCCAACAGCGGCCUGGGCCGCGCCACGGCGGCCGAGCUGCUGCGCCUGGGCGCGCGGGUGAUCAUGGGCUGCCGCGACCGCGCACGCGCCGAGGAGGCGGCCGGGCAGCUGCGCCGCGAGCUCGGCGGGCCGGGGGCGGACGACGCCGCCGGGGCCGGCCCGGGCGAGCUGGUCGUCAGGGAGCUGGACCUCGCCUCGCUGCGCUCGGUGCGCGCCUUCUGCCGGCAGCUGCUGCAGGAAGAGCCACGGCUGGAUGUCUUGAUCAAUAACGCAGGGGUUUUCCAGUGUCCCUACAUGAAGACAGAAGAUGGGUUUGAAAUGCAGUUUGGAGUGAACCACCUGGGCCACUUCCUUCUCACCAACCUUCUGCUUGGACUCCUCAAAAGUUCAGCUCCCAGCAGGAUUGUGGUGGUUUCUUCCAAGCUUUAUGCAUAUGGAGACAUCAACUUCGAAGACUUAAACAGUGAACAAAGCUAUAACAAACGUUUCUGUUACAGUCGGAGCAAACUGGCCAACAUUCUUUUCACCAGAGAACUGGCCCGCCGCCUCGAAGGUACCAACGUCACUGUCAACGUGUUACACCCCGGUGUUGUGCGGACCAAUCUCGGGAGGCACAUCCACAUCCCACUACUGGCCAAACCGCUUUACAACUUGGUGUCAUGGGCUUUCUUCAAAACUCCGCUGGAAGGAGCCCAGACGUCCAUCUAUUUAGCCUCUUCGCCUGAGGUGGAAGGUGUAUCGGGAAAGUACUUUGGAGAUUGCAAGGAGGAAGAAUUAUUACCCAAAGCCAUGGAUGAGUCUGUAGCAAGAAAACUCUGGGAUAUUAGUGAAGUGAUGGUUGGCAUAUUAAAGUAACCACGUAGUAAGAGCUGUUUACAAAAACACACAUCAGGAAUGGUGUGGAUUGACGCUACUUGAAAAAUUUUGGGUCUGUCUGUCAUAGCACUGCUAGAGAAUAUGUUGACGUUUACUGUAAAGUUAUUGUUGGACAAUUUCAGCAAAGGUGUUUGAAAUAUAGCUGUAAAUUUAAUGAAUUAUACAUGUUAAAUAUUAAUUGGGUGAGUAUAAUUACAAAUCUCAUAACAAAGUAAGUAUCUUGGAGGGUUACCGAAUGACUGAGUUUCAUGGCUACAGUGUUAAGUGUUUUCUCUGCAAUGCUGAUGCUUUUGUGGGGGUGAUAUGCCUGGUGUGUGCAUCCAGUUCUUGACUUGGAAUAAAUAUACUGAUGCAGA